UCACAGUCUCCACCCUGAGGGACAGAGAGACGAUCCUGUGCAGCCACACUCACCUGCACAGCCCGGGUUCCCACGGCCAGGACGCUUUUGGGAAAACGAUCCACAGCAGCUCCAACAAUCACGUAGAAAUCAUCUGAGGAUGGCGUCUACGCUGUCUGUGCGCAGCUACUCGGUGCGCCCGCUGUCCUUCUCCAGCAUGUCCGUGAGGGACGGCGCUCGGGGCAGCGUCCGCUCCAAACCGCCCGUGUCCACGGCCGGCGCCCUAUCGCUGUCCCGCUCCGUGUCGGUGGGCAACGGGCUCCACCUGCUGGGAGCCGGACUGUCCCUCGACGGGCUGGUGGCGGGGGCCAGCGAGAAGGAGACCAUGCAGGGUCUGAACGACCGUCUGGCCAACUACCUGGACAAGGUGCGCUCUCUGGAGAGGUCCAACGCAGAGCUGGAGCUGAAGAUCAAGCAGCUGAUGGUGGACAGGCAGCCCAAGGGACACGACGUGGACAACAUGAUGGCCCAGGCACACGUCAUCGGGCAGGAGGUGAGGAAGAGGACCCUGGAGAAUGCACGCAUCAUGCUGGAGAUCGACAACGCCAAGCUGGCGGCCGAUGACUUCAGGGUCAAGUGGGAGGGGGAGGCCGCCUUGUGUCAGUCGGUAGAACGCGACUGCCAGGCUCUGAGACGAGCGAAGUCCGACCACGACCAGAUUAUCUCCAUGCUGAGAGGGGAGCUGGACAGCCUGAAGGAGGAGCUCUAUUUCCUCAAGAAGAACCACGACGAGGAGAAGAGCUCACUGAAGGUGCGCCUGGCCAACGAGCAGGUGAACGUGGAGGUGGACGCCGCUCAGGGCCCGGAUCUGGGCGCCACCAUGGCCGAGCUGAGGGUCCAGUACGAGGGCAUCGCGCGCAAGAACAAGGAGGAGGCCGAGGCCUGGUACCUCAAGAAGCUGGAUGCAGUGCAGUCGGAGGUGAAGGAGAGUAACGAGGCGCUGCGCUGCGCCCAAAGCGAGCUCAGCGAGAGGCGGCGUUUCCUGCAGGCACUGGAUGUAGAGCUGGACAGUCUUCGCAAGCAGGUGGGCAUCCUAGAGGGCAACCUGGCAGAGACGGGCCACAAGUAUUCGGUGGAGAUGGAGUGCCUGCAGGCAGCGCUGGCGGAGCUGGAGGACGAGCUGUCGCAGCUGCGCCUGGACAUGCAACGCCACAAGACCGACUACGAGCAACUGCUGCGCAUCAAGCAGAACCUGGAGAUGGAGAUUGCCACCUACAGGAAGCUGCUGGAGGGAGAGGAGCUGGUGAAAGAAAUACCUCCACCUCCAAAAAAAGACCCUGACGUGCGUACCAGGAAGAUCGUCAAAGUGGUCACUCAGACGAUGGUCAACGGCAAAGUGGUGGACGAGUCCAGCAAAGUGGAGCAGAUUGAGGAGCGUAAAAAAUGACCCAAUUUGAAGCCCCUAAAAUGUGCCUUCUGGUCCACAUAUGUAGUCUCACCAUAACCUUAUUUGUUUUUAAUGUAACUCUGCCAAAUUUUUGACAUACUGUAGGAAAACUGCAAUUAA